AUGGCAACAAAACAUGAUGGACUUUUCAGAGUUUUCGAGGAACCUCCGGCUGACAUACCCGUCGAAGCAGUUAAUGCUAUUGACGAUUUAUAUGCCCUCUGUGACGACCCAAUGACUGUUCCAGUCAAAUUAGUUGAUAGCGACCUAAAAUUUUCUGAAAUACUUGGGCUGCGUGACUAUUUCAUUGAAAAUUCUGGUUUUAUGCUUACUGUGUCUACUAAGGGAUCGGGAAAGUCUUCCAUUCUCAACUUAAUGGCCAACCGUCUUGACCAGCCUGCCGGUCCCCUGGAUGGCCCCUUUCCUGUCGAAACAGUUCAGUCCCUAGUGAACAAUACUCCAGCCACGACUGGAAUCGAUAUGUAUAUAACCCAAGACAGAGUGAUUCUGUUGGACACACAGGUAAUCUCAUUUCUAUUUAGCGUUUGUCAUGUUGUUAUUGCCGUGGAGGACAACCUUUCCUCACCUGAAUUGCAUCGCCUAAUUGACCGGGCGGUGGCGUUUAAGCCGCUGCUGCAUGUGGAGGAUGUUCUGCUCAACCCUCAGAUUACUGGCUACUGUCCAUCGCGUUCUCAGGCAGCCAAAGUGGUUUCCUCUAAUCUUCAACCACAGCAUAGUAAGGCCUCUGAAGCAGAUCCCUCCGGUCGCAGAAGCCGUAAGACCAAUCAGGCUACUGCUGCUGCUACUAAUCCGGCAUCUGGGGGAUACACUGGGGCGGAAGAAGAGGAUGGAGCCGACGAAGAGCCGUCAGAAGCAGACAAGGAAGUUCCGGGGUCCGACGAGACGGGACUCGGACAAACACCUUCUGCCGUUCCUCCUUCCGCCGCAACUUCUUCGCUCACUGUCCAGCGUCGCAGUCGUGUACAACGUACAGUGGACGAAUUUGCGGAGCAAGCAGAUGUUCGAGCUUUUGUCAAUCGUCUUCAAAAACUCUUAAUCAUGAAGUAA